AUGAGCAUCGAUACUCACACACAUCCAGUGGAGGAGAAGAAGGGCUCACCUCCUUCCGAUGAGAUUUCCCUCAAUCUCCCCCCGCUCGAUGCACUGCCCAAGGGUCGCUGGGAACGCACCUGGCCCACGAUCGCUUGCGGUGCAGGUCUAUUUUCCGACGGCUAUCUGAAUGGAGUGAUCGGGCAAGUCAACACCAUUCUCGCGCUUCUGUACCCCGACACGUAUGCCUCGUCUCCAGCCAGUCAAAAUGUCUCCGCCAUUGCAUUUGCCGGUACGGUCGUCGGUAUGUUGAUCUUCGGUUACACCAGUGACCAUUGGUCGCGGAAGUGGUCAUUGAUGAUUUCGACCAUUAUCCUCUUCGUCUUUGCGGCUCUGUGCGCCGGCGCAUACGGCGCCGGCGGAAGUCAGUACGGCAUGUUCGCCGCGCUCACCGCGUAUCGAUUCUUCAUCGGCGUGGGCAUCGGAGGUGAAUACCCGGCGGGAUCAGUAGCGGCGGCUGAGAAUUCUGGAGAACUCAAGGCGGGCCAUCGGAAUCGCUGGUUUAUCAUGUUUACGAAUUUCCAGAUUGACUUUGGAUUUGUGGUUUCGGCCCUAGUGCCAACCAUCUUGAUUCUCAUUUGCUCAGAAAAUCAUCUGCGCCUGGUGUGGCGUCUUUCUCUGGGGCUGGGUGUCAUUCCACCCUUGAGUCUGCUGUAUCUGCGACUCAAGCUGAAUGAGCCGGAAGAAUUCAAUCGCGAGCGGAUGCGCAAGUUUCCAGUGUGGUUAAUCAUCAAAUUUUAUUGGUUCCGCCUGUCGGUGGUCUCUCUGAUCUGGUUCAUCUAUGACUUCUCCUCGUAUUCAUUCGGACUGUACUCCUCCGAAUGGAUCGGCAUCAUCACGGGUGACAACGCACCUUUGUGGAAAACUUUCGGAUGGACCACCUUGACCUACCUGUUCUACUUGCCUGGCUCUGGGCUCGGUGCCUUUGUGAGUGACUGGCUUGGUCCUCGUCAGACGCUUGCCAUUGGAGUACUUCUGCAGGGUAUCGUUGGAUUCAUCAUGUCCGGCUGCUACGAGUGGCUCGCAACCCCCAAGAAUGUGGGCGGUUUCGUUGUGGUCUACGGUAUCUUCCUCGCGCUGGGAGAAUUUGGCCCUGGCGACAAUCUCGGGUUGUGCGCGGCCAAGAGCAGUGCUACUGCUAUCCGUGGCCAGUAUUACUCCUACGCCGCCGCCAUUGGCAAGAUCGGUGCUUUUGUCGGUACCUAUGUCCUCCCGAUCGUUCGCAAAAACGCACCCAACGCCAUUCGCAAGGGACAAGAUCCGUUCUUUGUAUCCAGCGCCCUCUGCAUCUUCAGCGCUUUCUUGGCAUUCUUCUUACUGCCUCAGAUUGAUCAGGACACUAUCACCAGCGAGGAUGCUCGGUUCCGUGACUAUCUCAACCAACAUGGCUACGACACCUCAACCAUGGGCAACCGUGGUCAAAUCACUACCCGUCGAGAGGUAGUUGACGGUCAACAUCUAGCUUGA